GGAGUCAAGGGGCUGUUGUCGGUCUUUGCUCCCGGCUCUUCUCAGGAAGGGCACGCGUUCGUUAACCGUUAACCUCCGGGCAGGCUUCCGCCCAGUUACAGCGAGGCCCGCCGAGCUUGUUCACCUUUGAGUCUGGACCCACGCGGGACCCGCCUCCUGGGUGGGGCAGGAGGGGCGUUUUUAAAAACCUAGCUUUCCCGGCAUUUGUGCGCGCUAAACCGGCCACGGGGUUUCUGCAGCCCCGGCCGUCGUAGAUAUUCCUCUCCCGAAGUCUGCAGGUGGAGCAGUCCACCGCAUCAGGACAGCCACGCGUAGACUGUGAGACUGUGCUUGUGGUUCCUGAGCGCCUCUCCGUGUAACUACCGUAGACCGUCAUUACUAAAAUGUUAAAUACAGCUUGAAGUCAUGCGUUGAUAAAUUGUCGGAGCUGGAAGGACCUUAGAGAUGGCAGCUAACAUGAUUGGAGCGUUUCCCGCGAGCGGGUCCUGCUCUAAAACACUUGAUGUAUGGUGAAGCAUUUAUUCCUCACCACAGCCUCUGUGGCCGACCUUUUUUACAUGCAGACUGCAGCACAGCAAGAUUAAGCAACUUGCCCCAAUUCACACAGCAGGGAUACAAACCCAGAUGAACUCACCUGGUGAUCACAGAUCUCUAAUAGCAGGGACGAUGGUAGCGGAUCCCAGAGCAGCUACGUGACUUCAUAUGAUUAGGGAACUGUUCCGUUUUAAACAUCUGUUGACACAACUCUUGCACAUUAGCAUUCCUAAAUUAAAAAAAAAAAACAUUAAGAACCAUGUUUGGAGAUACACAUAUAUACGUUCACAGAUAUCUUUUAUUUUGCUAAAAGGUUUUGUAUCUUUAAGACAGUUUACUUGCAGGCCACAUGUUUUUAUAAACCUGUGGAUUGCUACUUAGAUGAAAUGUUAAGAUUUAUAUACCAGUGUUCACCGAAUUUAGACUCAGAAGAUACAGGUAUGAAUCUUGACUGCUACUUUUAUGGUUUUAGGAAACCUUUUGUUAAAGAGGAUCCUUUACCUUUAGUUUCCUCAUCUGGAAAAUAAAUAAACUAUUUGCCCCUGGGAGGUUUUGCGAGGAUUAAUGAACUCAGGUAUGCAGAGACAAGAAGUUGGCACUCACUGAAGGAUAACUAGUUUUACCUACUAUUGUUCUGCCAUCCAAAGAUAUAAAACUACUAUCUGAGGCAUUUCUCUUCUUUGAACUAAAAGCAAGGGUGUCACCCCGGAGUAAUGCAUUCUGAUAAUGUCUAGGCGGAGGCCGCAGACUUAGUAAAAGCACCUUUGUCAGAGCUCAAGAGGAGUAACAACAUGGAUCUUGAUGGCUCUGAACAAGAUCCUGAAAUGAAGGAAUAUUCUUCUGUCUAUGUUGGCAGAGAAGAGGACAUUAAAAAAUCUGAAAGAAUGACAGCUGUUGUCCAUGAUAGAGAAGUGGUCAUUUUCUACCACAAAGGAGAAUAUCAUGCUAUGGAUAUUCGCUGUUACCACUCAGGAGGACCUUUACAUUUGGGAGAUAUAGAGGAUUUUGAUGGACGACCAUGUAUAGUUUGCCCCUGGCAUAAAUACAAAAUUACCUUGGCAACAGGAGAAGGACUGUAUCAGUCUAUAAACCCUAGAGAUCCAUCAGCAAAACCCAAGUGGUGCUCCAAAGGAGUAAAGCAGAGGAUUCAUACAGUGACGGUGGACAAUGGGAAUAUUUAUGUGACUCUUUCUAAUGAAUCUUUUAAGUGUGACUCUGAUUUUUAUGCCACUGGAGACUUCAAAGUAAUUCGGAGUUCUUUCUGAUAAAACGA